UCUUACUUUUUAAUCACAUAUUCUCCAAAAAAUCACUAUUUCAUAGUACAUUUUACCUCAAAAAUGGUGAUCAGACAUGAGCUUUAAGUAUCUUUGACGCUGUUGGAUUCCUUGGAUUUCGAAUUCUCCAAUCCCCACCAUGGCCCAAGGUGAGGGAACAAUCCCUCAUCCUACUCUGCUACUACUUGAUCGUAAAAAUGAUACGAUUUAACACAUUUAUCCUUUAAAUAAAUAUUAAUAAUCAGUGUUCUAAAAAACGUAAAGUGUGAUUAGGCGACAAGGUUAAGUUUCAAACUUGUACGAGUCUAAAAAGAAAAAAAUAUAAAAUCUAACUUGAUGGCAAGGCCAAAACUCGUGCUUACUUGAACACGUUUUUUAGAAUAUUGAUAAUUACUCCAAUUAUAGAGUUGUUUCCUAAUUCUUUUAGAAAUUCAGCAUACCCUUGAAUAAAAUGUGAUGCAUUUCUAAGCAAGCACAUGAAUACCUUAAAUCACUCCAUCCAUCCAAUACAAUAAUAAUAUAGCCCAGUAACCUAUUUCUGCCGUCGCCUUCACGAGACCUUUAUUUCAGCCCUUUCCCUCAUUUUCAUGCAACGAUUCUAUGACUUUAUGCUCCUUGGACCGGUAAAAGGAUUAUUUCCUGUUGACCUUCUCAUCGAUCACACAUCCACUCACGUGUCUUUGAUCAAUCACGGGCAACAACAACACGUAAUUCACAAGCAACCAAUGAAUUUAUAUUCACGUAAACGCAGUCCCAUAAUCUAACAAGAAUAUCUUCUACUUCUACUCCAGAUCUUGUUCAAAUUUCUAAAGUUUCAAGAAAGUUUAGAAUUGUACCUGGUACCACUGUUUUGUUUACUUGUAUACUGCCACAGCUCAUUUAGGCAAUGCGCCGAACAUGUUGAGCGAAUCAUCUUCAGAGGACGGUGUAAUCCACAGCAUUCUCUCGUACGAUACCAAUAUCAUGCUGGCUGCGAUUAUUUCAUUACUACUUGUAGUUAUCUUUGUUUUGUUGUUGCAUAUAUAUGCAAAAUGGUUCUUAGGUCUAGCCCGUCAAAGGGGUGGGACGUCAGUGUCGGUUCCGCAAGUAUUGGGGCCUCGGUUUCAUCAUUUUCACACAUUAACAGUUGAUACGAAUUACGCUAUUUCUCCAUCCAAGGGCCUUGAAUCUUCAACCAUUUCUUCGAUACCACUGUUCGUGUUCAAAGGAGAGGAACACAAACGUGGACUGGAAUGUGUGAUUUGUUUGAGUUUAUUUGAAAAUGAAGAAGUGGGCAGGAGAUUACCAAAAUGUGAUCAUGCAUUCCAUGUUGAAUGCAUUGAUAUGUGGCUCCAUUCUCAUACAACAUGUCCCAUUUGUCGAGCUCGUGUAGUACCUGACAAUACAAGUUCUGCAGAUUCAAUUUCAUCACAAAACGAAGAGAUUCUGAAUCAGGGGUUAUCGGAAAAUGAACUGCGGAUCAGCAAUGUGGAUUCUGUAUUGGAAAUAAUAGUGGCAGAUCCAAAUUCAGAAAUCGAAAAUGUAGAGAGAAAUGAUUCAUCAUCAUCGUCCAUCGGGAGCUCACUGAAGAGAAUGUUUAGCAGGAACAGAUCUGAGCGGAAGUUUGAUUUACCUAGCGACAGCAAUGAAUCAAAUAUUUGAAUGUGCAUUACCCGGGGGAAAAAAAAAAGAAAAAAAGAAAAAACCAGUCUUUUAUUGUGUAGUAAUUAAUUUAUAUGAUACUUUCAUUGAAAACCAAUCUUUAAUUUUAAUAAGAGUGGCUCUGUUUGCUCAA